UAAAAUGUCUUCAAAUGACUUGUCAAUUGUUCGUUAUGUUGGAAUUAAUGAAUGUAACCAUUGUGGAUAUUGCGAGUCUACAAAGAGGGCUAAGGAAAAAAUUGGUGAAUCUUCAACAGAAUCUCAAGAAGACGAGUCUAUUAAUCGAUACAAUUCUAACACUUUUGGGUUAUUCGCUUGUUUUUUAAGCCUAAAUUCUUUCAAUCUACUUUUGGAUCUCGGUUGGAGUAGAUCUGGUAAAUAUUUGUACAAACCUAUAAUGAACAAAACUUGUUGUCCUCAAUAUACUAUAAGAUUAGAUGUAAAUAGAUUUCGUCUUUCCCGAACACAAAAAAGAGUGCUUUCUGCAAUGAAAAAUUACCUUAAAAAUGAUAUAAAGCCCAAAGAAAAAGCUGUUGUUAAUAUGGAAAGUUAUGGUUCUUUAAAUAAAAAGGAGAGUCAAACAAAUGGAGAAAAAAUUGCAAAAAAUGAAGAAAAACAGAAAAAGAGACUUCUACAACUGAACGUUUACCAAAAAAGAAAUUUGUGAGACGUUUGAAGGCUGAAGAACGCUUAAAAGCAAGGGGAGUUGAUUUAGAAAAGUAUAAAAAAGAACGUGCAGAAAAAGAAGCUGCUCGAGUCAGAACUUUACAAAGUUAUUUUGAUUAUUUGGACGAUGAGAAAAUUGGAAAGGAAGAAUGGAAGCAUCGAUUAGAGGUUUUUUUGUUU